GAAAUUUAUCUAGGUCAUCUACAAAGGUAUGAAUUCACUCAACAAAAUCUCGUUUAAUUCACUCAAAUGAACUGUGGGGCGGGAUCGAGGUCUAUUCAUCUAAAGAUUUCCCCUCCUUAGCUUUCACCUUUUCCUUAGACUUGGAGCUAACCUAUUCAAACUACAUUAUUCUCUGUCCACCUGUUGUUUUUCAAAGCUAGUCUAUCUUUUCGGAGGCGCUGGACGCCGCAUCAACUAACUUUACUAGCUUCCUUCCUACAAUCUUAACCUUAUGAGUAUGCUUCCCGGCUUUCAUACUACUACCACACAACAAAAACAACAACGAUCAAGCAAGUGCCUCUCUUUUUCCAAGUCAAAUCAACACUCUUCGUCUUCCAAUCUGUUUCUCUAUCAGCAUUUACUGACGUUGCCUGAUAUAGCAUUCGUCAUCUUGGGCUCGGUGUCGUUAUUGCUCUCAAUUCGCUAUCCUGACAUCUUCUUCUCCCACAUAUUGAUCAUUACCCCGCACUUGAAGAGCACAAUCCCCUCCAAAAUUUAUUCCAAUUAUACUGGCAGGCCGUCAGGUACGACGAACCCAAGCCACAGUCUUUUAAGUUCUACCAACAUUUAACAUCCGCAUAUUUUAUCAUUAUCAGAUCCCCGCUCUUAUCACUUUCACCUUUCAAGAACCUUCCGGAGAUCAUUUAUGUCAAAAAUGGAGCUGGACGAUAGUUGGGAUCCUGAUCCUUUGCCAAACAGCAGGGUAAGGAACCAUUCUCAGCCUCGUUUCAAAGGGCAAGCGGCGCGCGACUCUAAGAUGAAAUCUCAAUACUAUCAACACUCGCAAACUUCUUACCCACAGCACAGCGAUCGCAAUGCGCUAAUUAACCUUGAUGAUGAGUCGUCCGAUGAUGAAAGCUCAUCUAAUGGAUACCCCUUCCUCGUGCAACAACCACAAGUUACUCGUAAGAGAAUGAAAAGUCCCAUUCAGCAUGUGCCAGAUAGACGGAAACGGCAUCAGAGCGAACACGCGAGUGGGACUGGUCGCGAUCGCAAAACAAACACAGAAGCCAUGCAUGAUCACUAUCCACAGGUCUCGCAGCCUCGUAAAAAAUCGGUACUCCGCAAUGACACUCGAUAUAAAACUCCUGUUAACAAUAAUCAUAAUGGAUAUCUCGAUGUCGAAAACACCUUCCCAAAAAGUAGAAAGUCAGAUCCGCGUAGACAUUCACGUGCAGAGGAUGCACAUCAAGAUCAAUUCUAUAUGGAAAAGGAAGAUUUCGGUGAGCAAUUCGUUAGGGAAUCUAGUUUUAUUGCUUAUCGAGGCAAUUCCUUCGCGAAGAGACGGAUGAAAGAAGAGCGAGUUUACAAUUCUGUGCCACCUAGCACUUUCUCUCAUGAACCGACUAGCCAAUAUCAUCAAAAAUCUACAAGGGCAAACCACGAGCCAGUGGUCACACCAAAGACAAAGCAGCGUCUUGAUUAUUCUCGUGCGCAAAGUGUUGGCCCGAGGAGUCCAUAUGACGAUGGUCUAAAUUUGUACCCAGGCACCGAAAAUGGUAUGCCUAGUGCUAGCAAUCGGAGAAAAAGACAGGAGCUCCAGCUUGCCUCACCAAUUUGGCAAGGCCGUGAAUGUGCUUUGCAGGAACCUUCAUCUUUGCACAGAAAGCAAGGGAACAAUGAAAAGCUUACCUUUGCGAACUCGAUUUCACCUGCCCCAAGGAACCCAUCAGUGAGAAGCAGGUCCGUUGCUCUUAGUGGAACGCAAGCCGUUACAAACCAGCCCAAAAAAUACAAUUAUGGUUUUAUUGAUGAUGACGAUAUCAAUGAAACACCGCUGGAGGAAGCACUUCAGGGCAGGCCAAACUUCCAGACGAAAAUUCAGAACACCCCGAUGAACCUUAUGAAAGCUUUACCAAAGUCCAGUGCAUUUCGAAGGAGCGAUUCUGAAGCAGCAAAACAAAUCUAUCAAAGUCCUUCUAGAGGUUUGAAUGGAGCAGUCGCUUCAAGUAUCACCAUUGAUCUCGUGACGCCUGAAAAAGCUGUCAAUUUACGUGCUUCGAUGCCUUUCAUACCUCAACAUUGGACUCCGGCAAGAAGAGGUCCUAUCAAAGUCUCUAACGCUCGAGAAAACUUUAUGCAGGAUGGCCCUGGUGCUAAUGAGGUUGAAAAUUUAACGGAGGAUGUUCAGGAACGACAAGCAGUUACCUUUAGCACUAGUAAAGUACAAUGCCCUGAAGAAAUUGCUCGACAGAGACAAGCAGCGGAGAAAAUUGUCCAGAAAGAGCUCAACGCCGAUCUUGAGGCUCUACAAAGAGAUCUUUUCGGGGAAGUUGUUAGUGAGACCGAGGAGGAAAAGCGAGAACGCGAUGAGGCAAAACGUCUUCAAGCUAAGAGAUCGCGAGAAGCCAAGAAGAAACAAGAUGCCAUUGAUGCCAAUAAUGCCAAGGCCAAACGACAGGAGAAUGAAUUGAAGGCUCAAAAAGAGCGUGAUAAGAAGGGUGCUGAGCAGCGUGAGAAAAACAAAGACGUUGCCUUAAAAAAAGCUAACCGCGACGCUGAUCGCAAUCAUCAGUCUUUGAGGGAAGCACAGGACGCAGAAAAGAGACGCAAAGAUGUCAUCAACAAGUUACAGACGAAAAAAGAAGAAAUGGCUGCGCUGAAAGUCCUCGAGGAACAAAAGCAGAUUUCGGAUAGGGAAAACAGAGAGCGCGCUGAUCAAAUGAAUAAAAUAGAACGCAACCUUCAAAAGCUUGCUGCUCAGAUGACAGCACAAGUAGCUGCCUCGUUAAAACCUGCGAGGAAGUCUGCGAAUGAGAAUGGCACUACGAUCGCAGACACUUCAGCUCCGCAAGCCACGAUUCCAACAAGCAUGGACGUCGAUAACGAAGAUUCAUUGUUCCUUCCAGAGACGCAAAUAACACCUGCUGAAGCUUCUUUAGAUGUACCGCUCACAAGCCAACCUCAGAUCCCGGAAGCCGUUCAUAGCGACUCAAAUAUGGUCCCAUCUGUAGAGGAAGAUCAAGCCCCCGCUAGUAUUGCCGAGAUCUUUGCCAAGACCAUACCAGAUACUAGUGGUGGCAACGUUCUUGAAGACAGAGAAGCGGAACGUGAAGCUGCUCGCAAAAAGAGAUUAGAUGAACAUGCAGCUGCAAAACGAAAGCGUGAGAAAUCUGUAGCCGCUGAUCCAAGUACAAACACCGCUACUAAAGCUGCUCCUAGGACGAUUUCAAAACCACCAUCAAAGGCUGCAGCUAAGGAAAAUGAGAAAAAAUGUACCGAGUCUUUGGUGAAGUCGCUAGGCAGUUCGGUGUUCAAUAUGCAACUGAAACCUCUACAUGGACUAGAUGCUUUUGUACCUCGCGAACAGCCAAAAAAUAUUAAUACUGUCAGUGAGAAGGACAAUACAGAAACCCCAGUCCUGAAAUCAUGCCCGCUUCCAUUACCUCCACCUCCUCCGAAACCUACUGCCGCUUCAAUUAGACCAGAAACCAAGCUUAUUUCACAAGCAGAACAAGAUGAAAUUGAAGCUAGUCGGAAGAAAACCCAAUCCGAAGCAAGAGCUCGGAAAGAUGCUUUGAAAAAGCAAAAAUCAGAUGCAAGAAAGGACGAAAUUUAUCAGAAGAAGACAGUUGAAUAUCGCAGAAAGAAAGAAAAAGAGUUUAGGGAUAAGGCUCGCCAAGAUGGUAAGGAGCUUGGUGAGUUUGAGCUGCAAACCAUGCUUGACAAGCUCAUGGAGAAGCGAGAAGUGUGAUUCCUCACUGAAAUUUUGAUAUACUCAUGCUAAUCAGGAUUCCAGCGAGACAAAAACAGAAGAAAUAUACGUCGUUCGGGAGGAAAACCUCCAGGUGAGCAUGAGAAUGACGCCGUUUCAAAUUCUAGUCUGCCCAAUGGACUCGGUACGGCCGCGCAAGUUUCGUCUUCAGAUACUGCCAGCGAAUACAAUCACGUGGAAGAAUAUGACGAUCCUGAGGCGCAGGCUCUAAAAGAGCAUGAAGUCAGAACAGCCGAAAGCUUGAAGGCAUUGGCUGAAUCGCAUGCCGCUCGACGUUCCCAAAUAUCACCAGUGAAGGAAUUAGGACCACUCUUUAGCGACUCAUCAUCCUCUGAGUCCGAGGAGGAUCCUGAUGAUGAAGAAACGACACAGCGUUACAUCGAAAAUGUCCGGAAAAACGCUGCUGUUACCAAAGCUACCAACACCUGUAACGAAGUAGAAACUCCGACUGUGGAAGAGGUCGAUCUCGAGAAAGAUUUCGAAGCAGCCUUCGAAGAAGAGCUGCUUAUUGAAAGAGGAACCGAGACAACAGCCGCUGCACUAAACCCCGAUGGUCAUAGUGCGCAGUUUGUCGAACCAAUGCCUGAUAUGACUUCAUACUUUGAAGAAUCAUUAUCUCAACGGUCCUCUUUCACUUUAGCAGAGCAACUGACACAGCUCACAAUACCUAGCCAAAUAUCCCAGCCAGAGCGUGACGAGCCUCAAAAGCCCUCAUCAUAUUCCAUGGUCAACGUAUAUAUGGUAAUGACGCAAGUAAUUUUUCACGAACAUGAAGACGAAGCCGCCCUCAAGAAGAAGUUUUUUGAUGUCGAUAAGGCGAACAGAUAUGCUCAGUCUCUCGUCAACGAAUACAGGACCAAAAAGUACAUGCAGCAAGAGAUUGUGGAGAAGUGGGACAAGGAGUACAAAUAUUCCUGUCAAAUCAUUCACAAUGACCACAAAAUCACCAAGGUCUUCGUCCAAGCUAUCCCAAUGAAUCCCAAAGAUAUCGAUAAAUUUGAUCCACGACAGAUUAAUCCUAGAUUUGCCAAUCAAUACUACACGGUUGGAUAUGAGAAGAUAAUCGAGAAACUUGACCCUGAGACCCAGAAGGUCUGUAGGAUAGAGCGGACCACUGGAGUUAUUGAUGACAACAAACUUUACACAGCGUUGGAGAUGGCUAAUCAUGCCGCCGCCGAGUACCUCCUCGAGAACAUCAAACCUGAGGGGGAAGUGGAAGAACAUAAUACCUUGUAUUACGAACAAGUCCUUCCACAAGUAAGGACAGGGAGAGACGAUUGCACGAAUGGAGACGAAAUGUUUCAUUGCGAUUUGGAUAACGAAAUGAUUCCUUGGGCGGACUUCAAAUCCUUUGAGGUUAAAGUGCAAUCCUCUAAGACUGAGGGGCCUAUUAAUUAAACGCCAAUAUCACGAUCUCGGUGGUGGGUCAAUAUACGUUAACGUCAAUGGCACCUGGCUUUUUGAGAAAUAAUCCCUAGUUUGAUUUUUCACCACCACGCCACUUUUUACUUUCACCAAAUUACACUUUACAAGAAUUAAUAACCAACAUCUUCGAACAUGUCAUUUCCAUUACAAAAUUUCACAUUUCAUACGUUUAUCGCAGACAAUAUCAAUCAUUUCAGGAAUAUCUCACAAACUUCAACCCUUCGAAUCCCGAGAAAACAGCAAUUUCAACCUACGCUUUACGCACCAAAGUUUCCUAUCUUAUAUUAUUAUUAUUGUUACUCCAAUGCAUCAA